AUGGUUGUUAUUGGCACAUGUGCACUCGAUGUUGAUUGGGCAGUUCUUGGUUCUUUUGUAGCUGUUGGUUCCGUUAUGGUCGGUAUUAUUGUUUCUGCGAAGGUUGAUGCUUCCUUUAAUGCUGUUGUUGGUUUUGUAGAUGUUGCUGUUUCUGUUGUGAUUGGCAUUGUUGGAUUUGCUGUGGUUGUAGCUGUUAUUGCUGUGGUUGUUAGUUCUCUGGUGGAUGUUAUUGGUUCUAUUAUGUUUGUUACUGGUUCUGAUGAAGUUUUGCUUAGUUCUGCUGUCAACAUUAUUGGUUUUGUCGCUGUUGCUGUUGAUUCUUCUGUUGUGAGCUUUGUGGUCGUUUCUGUUGUGGUUGUUGUUGUUGGUCCUGAUGUGAUUAUUGUAGUUGUGGUUGUUGUCGGUUCUGUUGUGGUUGGUCUUGUGGUUGCUGUUGUCGCUGGUUCUGUUACGAUCGUUCUUGUCGGUUCUGUUGUGAAUGUUGCUGUCGGUUCUGUUGUGGUUUUUGUUGUCGGUUUUGUUAUGUUUGUAUCUGUUAUUGGUUCUAGUGUAACUGCUGUUGACAUAGUACCGCUAGAUAUUUGCUGUGUAUUGUUUAUGGAUGCCUGGUCUUCUGUUGUUUUAUCCAUGUUGAUUGUUGGAAAUGUUGCGGACGUUGGUACAUCUACCGAUGUUUCUGAGGAAACUGUUGUGGAUUCUUUAGUGGUUGUUAUUUCUUUUGCAGUCAUUGUUGUAUCUAGUGAUGCAAGUGUUGUGUUUGCAUUUGAUUGCACAUUGCUUGUCAGCGAUAUUGUAGCAGUUGUCUGUUGUGAAGUUGUUGGUUUUGAUUGGGUUGUAUUUAUUGUUGACGACAUUGGUGUUUCUGUUGCUGCUGUUGUUCGUUUCCUAGUUGUUAUUGCUUCGUUAUUUGUUGCUGACUCUUCUGUGCUCAAAGUCGAUAUUGUAAUAUCUUUAGUUUGCAGAAUAGUUUGUGUAGGUAGUGUAUUAAUUGUAACUUGUUCUGUUGUAGUACCAUUUAGACCAGUUAGGAUUGAUGCUGGUUGUUUAGAACUUGUUGAUAUUACUGUAGUAUUUGCUGUCGGACCAGAACUACUUGCUUGUUCCGUAGUAUAUACUGUGCCCGCAGUUGUGAAAGCUUCAAUCGUUGAUGGUGGUUCUGGGGUUAUUGUCGAUGGCAUUGCUAUUGUUGUCAGUGCUUUAUGUGAAAUUGUUGAUUCGAUAGUUCUUGGUUCUUUUGUUCUUGUUGCCUCCGUUUUUGUCGUUGUGGCUGGCUUUGUACUUGUAGGCUUUGCCCUGGUUUCUGGUGUGUUUGUUGAUAGUAGCGUUUGUGUUGAAGAUUCUGUUGUGGUUGCAGUUGGUUCUAAGGUUCUUGGUGUUCGUUCUGUUGUGCUUGUUAGUGUUGUUGGUACUUUUGUGGUUGUUGGUUCUGUUGCGACUGUUGUUUCUAUUGGGAUUCUUGUGGUUUCUACUGUGACUGUUGUUGGUUCUGUCGUGGUUGUUGUGUGA